AUGUCCCUGUGGGCUCCCCUGAGAAGAUCUCUCCAGCUUUGCAGCCGAUACUACCCAGCUCAGGCCUCUGUGAGUUAUGAAGCCAUAAAACAACAGUACAGACCAGAGGUGCCAGAGUACUUCAACUUCGCAAGAGAUGUGCUGGACAGAUGGACUGAAGUGGAAAAGGAGGGAAGAAAGUCUAAAAACCCUGCAUUAUGGUGGGUAGAUGGUGCCGGAGAAGAGGUGAGGUGGAGCUUUGAAGAGCUGGGAGUGCUGUCCAGUAAAGUGGCCAAUGUACUCUCUGAUGCCUGCGGUCUGCAACAAGGAGACAGAAUUAUUCUGAUUCUGCCCCGGAUCCCAGAGUGGUGGCUGGUGAAUGUGGCUUGCAUGAGAACAGGAACUGUCUUGAUUCCUGGCACACAGCAGUUGACAGCGAAGGACAUUCUUCAUCGACUACAGAAAUCCAAGGCAAAGUGUAUCAUCACCGAUGAUUCUGUGGCACCAGCUGUAGACUCAGUUGGGGCUGAAUGCCAGUCUCUGAAAUUCAAGUUGCUUGUGUCAGAGGGCCACAGAGAAGGAUGGCUGAGCUUUAAAGAUCUCCUGAAAAAUGCUCCUUCUGAUCACCACUGUGUGACCACCAAGUGUCAAGAUCCAAUGGCCAUCUAUUUCACCAGUGGAACUACAGGAUCUCCAAAAAUGGCUGAACAUUCCCACGGCAGCUAUGGUAUUGGCCUUACAGUGAAUGGAAGGUACUGGCUGGACUUGACUUCCUCAGAUAUAUUUUGGAAUACAUCAGACACAGGCUGGGCAAAGUCUGCUUGGAGCAGCGUUUUUUCACCGUGGAUUCAAGGGGCGUGUGUAUUUGUACAUAAGAUGCCACGCUUCGACCCAAGCAUUGUCUUUGAGAGUCUGUCAAGAUUUCCCAUAACUGUCUUCUGUUCUCCUCCAACUGCCUAUCGAAUGUUUGUGCAACAUAAACUGUCCAGCUAUACAUUCAAAAGCCUGCGGCACUGUGUGAGUGCUGGGGAGCCGAUAAACCCUGACGUGAUGGAAGAAUGGAAAGCGCAGACUGGGCUGGAAAUUCAUGAAGGCUAUGGACAGACCGAAACAGUGCUGAUCUGUGGAAAUUUUAAGGGAAUGAAAAUAAAACCUGGGUCUAUGGGAAAGCCGUCGCCAGGGUAUGAUGUCAAGAUUAUAGAUGAAAACAGUAAUAUUCUGCCUCCUGGAAAAGAAGGAGACAUUGCCAUCAGAGUAAAACCUGCGAGAUCACUUUUUCUUUUUAUUUGCUAUGCUGAUGAUCCAGAGAAAACAGAGGCAACAAUACGUGGGGACUUCUAUGUGACUGGAGACAGGGGGAUUAUGGAUGAGGAUGGGUACUUCUGGUUUGUUGGAAGAGCCGAUGAUGUCAUUAAUUCUGCUGGAUACCGUAUUGGACCAUUUGAAGUAGAAAGUGCCCUAGUGGAGCAUCCUGCAGUGGUGGAAUCAGCAGUUGUCAGCAGUCCAGACCCCAUCAGAGGAGAGGUAGUGAAAGCCUUUGUUGUUUUAACAUCUGAAUAUGCUUCACAUGAUCCGGAAAAAAUGAUGAAAGAGCUACAAGACCAUGUUAAGAAAGUUACUGCUCCAUACAAGUAUCCUAGGAAGAUGGAGUUUGUUCAACAGUUGCCAAAAACCAUUAGUGGGAAGAUCAGAAGAAAUGAACUGCGCCAGAAGGAGUGGAGAAAAGAUUAG